UUCUUACGUAACAUCACGUGGUAUUACAAAUCAAGAACCAAUCAAAAUCGUUAGGAAAUAUCGAAGAUGCACACGGAAUUGCAAAAAUGCUCACCUUUAUUGUGAAAUUGACGCCAGACUGCAAACAAUCUUCUAAAGAACGAAACGCGAGUCAGGUAUCGAAUGACGAGUCAAACAACUUGCCAUAGUUAUUGAAGAUCAUUAACACGCGAGAUAAAAGUGCGACAAUUUAAGAUCUGCCGCAAGAAUAAAUAAUUCUGGCAAUUUUCAGAUAGUUAGUGAUAUUAACAUCGAUAUAAAUAAAGAACGAUAUCCUCUAUAUAAGAAAAAACAAUUCAGGACAUAUUAGGAAAUUAACGACUAUUGUUCAGGCAUUAUACUGGUGAAAAUUGUCAUACUCAGACCAGCUAUUGACGUUUCUGAAUACAAAGUCCUGAACGCAUGGAUUCGGAAAAAGAAGCAAAUAUGACGGGCAUCGAAAGAUUGGAUACAUCAUCUGUGAGUGAGGAAACAAAAACACUUCGAUCUUUAUACACAGGGCAUCAAUCUACAGCGCCAUCUGCUCCAGUUUUAAUGCCCCAGCAUCAUCAAUUUAUGUGUUUCCCUGGAUACUUACCACUCCCCCGAGUAGCAGGCAUGAUGCAGUUUCACCAAGGCAUGAUUCCCCGGGGAACAGUGCCCCAAGGAAUAGGAAAUGUGCCCAACACGAUGCCAUACGACAAAGCAGAGGUGGCAAACGCACCACAAAUGACAGUUAUGAACAGGGAAGCUAAACGCACUUCGUCAUUUAUGAUCGACGCAAUAUUGGGACUAAAUAGGUCCCGUGAUUCUGAAGUUGCCCUCCCAAACACAAUCCAUAAUAUGGAAUAUAUGCAGGCCCGAAAAUCUAAAUCCAGCUUGUCACAGAUUGUUCGACCACAUCCAUAUUUUCACAGCCAUUACUCAAAUCAACAGCUACGCGGCUCGAUGGUUUCAAAAAAUGAUUGCAGAGCUUUACCCAAAGAAAUCGAAGGGCUCGAGCAGUGCGGCGACCUCAACUGGGGAGAUGUGAAGUCAAAGAGAGUGCGGACCAUCUUUACUCCGGAACAACUUGAGCGUUUGGAAGAGGAAUUCGAACGUCAGCAAUACAUGGUGGGGACAGAAAGAUAUUAUCUUGCCAUCAGCUUGAAUCUCACAGAGGCACAGGUGAAAGUUUGGUUCCAGAACAGGAGAAUCAAAUGGAGAAAGCAAAAUUUCGAGGAACAGCAAGCCAAGCUGGAACAAAUCCGACAUGACCAGGAAACUGCUGUCAACAAUGAGGUAGCAGACGACAUUUUCAUCGCAGACGACUUUGAUCUAACAGACAUCGAUCAUAAGGCUAGUGCUAUUUCUGAGUUAAUUACAUCAGCAGACAUUAAUAGUGCCAAUGUUACCAGUUUACAGACUUGUGGAAACACCGACCUGCCAUAAUACAGGAAAUAAACAUGCGCAAGAUAGGAUACUAGGAAAGACUAAAAUGAGAAAGAUCGACAUUUCUGAUUGUAAUCUCACUUUCCAAAUUGUGAUCAAGUGUUAACGCCAACUCCCACACGCGUAAUAGUAGGAUUGAGACUUUUUGUGCGCAGUAUAUUGUUAUAAAUCUACAAGUUGUUAUAUUGCUGGUAUUAAACCCAAUUGAGUAAUCAAUGUAGUUUCAUAUAUCACGAUUUU